GAUGCCCGCUGCUUCGCCCGCGUGGAGCCGGCGCACAAGUCCCGCAUCGUCGAGUACCUCCAGUCCUUCCACGAGAUCACCGCCAUGACGGGCGAUGGUGUCAAUGAUGCUCCAGCACUGAAGAAAGCAGAGAUUGGCAUCGCCAUGGGGUCAGGCACGGCCGUUGCCAAGUCAGCCGCCGAGAUGGUGCUCUCUGAUGACAACUUCUCCACCAUCGUGUCAGCCGUGGAGGAGGGCAGGGCCAUUUACAACAACAUGAAGCAGUUCAUCCGCUAUCUCAUCUCCUCCAACGUCGGGGAGGUCGUUUGCAUCUUCCUUACAGCCAUCCUGGGUCUGCCCGAGGCCCUCAUCCCCGUGCAGCUGCUGUGGGUGAACCUGGUGACGGACGGGCUGCCGGCCACCGCGCUGGGCUUCAACCCCCCUGACCUGGACAUCAUGGACAAGCAGCCCCGCAACCCCAAGGAGCCCCUCAUCAGUGGCUGGCUCUUCUUCCGCUACCUGGCUGUCGGAGUGUACGUGGGCCUGGCCACAGUGGGUGCUGCAACUUGGUGGUUCCUGUACGACGCUGAGGGACCUCAGGUCUCCUUCCAUCAGCUGAGGAACUUCAUGAGGUGCACUGAGGACAAUCCCAUCUUUGAAGGAAUCGACUGUGAGAUCUUCGAGUCCCGAUACCCGACCACGAUGGCUCUGUCUGUGCUGGUGACAAUAGAAAUGUGCAAUGCUCUGAACAGUGUCUCUGAGAACCAGUCGCUGCUGCGGAUGCCACCAUGGCUCAACAUCUGGCUGCUGGGAGCCAUCGUCAUGUCCAUGGCUCUGCACUUCCUCAUCCUCUAUGUCAAGCCCAUGCCUCUCAUCUUCCAGGUAACCCCCCUGAGCUGGCCGCAGUGGGUGGUUGUAAUGAAAAUCUCCCUGCCUGUUAUCCUGCUGGAUGAAGGACUCAAGUACCUUUCCCGCAACCACCUGGAUGGCAUUCUCAGGACAGUAAGACACAAGUGGAGCGGGGAGCACCAGUUGAAAACCUGCAGGACUCCAGAGCAAGGGAGAAGAGGACAAGAAAUGAAUGACACGAAGGAAACGCUCCUCACUAAAGGAUCCCUCACUUGUAACUCGGACUGAAGCCUUGCAUGCAUGCCCCUCGCUAGAGACCAGCAGGACAUGCAUGUGUCCAACUACCAGACAAAUGCGGGUGACUCGUCGAAAAGAAAAAUCCUGAUUUUGUUUUGUUCUGUAGCUUUCUUUUUCCUGUACAUAGGAGUGCAAUUACUGGGCAGCUGGUGUAGGGUUUGGGGACGGAGCUGUGUGGACCUGGGUCAUCGUAAUGCGGUUCCUUGGGAGUUUGUUCCUGCAGAAUUUGAGGCCCUCUUUCCAAUUCUC